AUGAUAGUAGGAGAUGAGAGUCAAAAGACUUUGGUUACAGGAAUCAACAAUUUGGGACUAUAUGCAUCAACUUCUGAGUUAGUGGCUAUGUACUCGAGAAUUGGAAACAGUUCAGGGGGCACACCAAAGAAUCCUGCUACAAGGUGGUGGGGUAUCCUCCAGAUUUCAAGUAAAAAAGAAAGGCUCAGAGUGCAAACAUGGUCUAUGCAGACACCAAUAGCCUUACAAAUCAAUCUCAGCAGUCAGUCUGGUUCAAGAGCCAAUGCACCUGAUUACAAUAAGGCAAACAAUGCAGGUAAGGCUCUAUGUGUAACUGAAAAUAGUGAUGUGUGGAUAGUGGAUACAGGGGCAACAAACCAUAUGGUGUCUAAACUGCAGAUGCUAUUAAAGGAAUCUGUCCUUCAACUUAACACUCCUAAGGAUGUGUGCUUACCAAAUUGUGGUAUCACUAAAGAACUCUACACUGGGAAGGUGAAGGAAGUUGGUAGAGAAGAGGGGGGUAUGUAUCUGCUAUGGAAUCAAUUCACUCAAAGUGAUGCAAGUAAGGCUAAGGAAUCUGCAUAUUCUGUUGAUGCUGGUUCUUUCACAGACAAGAAAUCAGAUAUAGAGCUGUGGCAUAAAAGGCUAGGACAUGUGUCUUCAACUUAUACUAAGAAUCAGUUUGACAAGGUGGUCAAGGUCUUAAGGUCUGAUAAUGGUACUGAAUUUGUGAAUUCAGUAUGUGAUAAUAUAUUCAAAACACUAGGUAUUAUCUAUCAAAGGUCUUGUCCUUACACUCCUCAACAAAAUAGAGUGACUGAGAGGAAACACAGACAUCUACUAGAAGUAACCAGAGCCCUCAAGUUUCAAGCAAAAAUACCUAUCAGAUUUUGGGGUCAUUGUGUCCUAGCAGCUGCUUACCUGAUCAAUAGACUGCCUAGCAGUGUGCUUCAGUUCCAAUCUCCAUAUGAAAGAUUGUACGGCAAAAAACCAGGUUUAUCUCAUUUGAGAACCAUUGGGUGCCUAGCUCUAGCCAAGAAUCUCACUGAACAUGACAAACUCAUGCCCAGAUCAAAGUCAGCUGUGCACAUGGGGUACUCUAAAGUGCAGAAAGGCUAUAUCCUGUUUGACUUGCACAAUAACUCAUUCUUUGUCAGGAGGGAUGUUCAGUUUAGAGAAGCCAUAUUUCCAUUUGCCAAGGCUGAUGACCCAGCCACCCAGCAACUAUUUGUAGAUAACCUACAAGGUCUAGGUACUGCUCCAUAUGUACCUUCUGAAGAGGCUACAUGUGGGCAUCCAGAUGCUGGUGAACAAGAGUGUGUGUCUACACAAACACACCCUAUUGUAAGUGAUACUGACGUGUCUGGGCCACCUCUUACUAGAAGAUCUACCAGGUCCAAACAUCCUCCCAUAUGGCUGAAGGAUUUUGUCUCUCUGAAUGCUAAACAGGAUGUUCAAUAUCCUCUAUCCAACUAUGUAAGCUACUCUCAUCUGUCACAUUCUCAUCAGUGCUUUAUUGCAGCUACAUCUUCUGUGAUAGAACCUACCAGCUAUACUGAAGCAGUCAAAGACCCAAGAUGGGUUGAAGCUAUGUAG